CACAAAUCUCGUCAAUAAUGCAAAGUAAUGAGUUCAGCAGUAAAGUUGAAGUAUCUACCGUUACUAUGGAAUCCAUUCCUAAAUUGUCUAUUUAAUAAUGCACAUCCUGAACGAGCACCAUUCAAACAAACCAUUGAUGAAUUAGGUAGAAAUCAUAAUGAUUAUACUAUAUUAGUACCUCCAUGUUAUAUUCAACAUGAUUGUUUUGAUCCAACCACUACCAAUAGUUCAAAUCCUACAAGAUUAAGAGAAUUAUUUUAUAAUGAUGAAGAUUUUAUACGAUCUCAUAUAAUUCGAACUGGUUCAUCUCAUUCAACAACUAUAACUCCUAUAUCAAAAGUUCAACUGGUAAUUUAUAAUACCAUGAAUGGUAAACAAUUAUUAAUUAAAAAUGGAAUGAUAUUUACUGGUAAAGGGUUUAAAAAAAGUUUAAAACUUCGAAUAUUAUAUUAUCAAUAUGUUGAUCUGAUUAGUGAUUAUUUCCCUAAGGGAAGUAAAUUAAUGAUAAUUUAUAUUGAAAAUUCAUUAUUUGGAAGUUAUAAUCCUCAUGAUAUUUCUCCAAUAAGUUCUUUAAUAAAUUCUCCAAAUUCUCCCAAUUCUCCUCAUGAUAAUACUUUAAGAAAUCAAUUAUCUGAUUCAAUAACUUUUGAAAAAUUAUUAAGAAAUUAUCCAAUUUUAUCAAAGGCUGUUAGUGAAAAAUUCUAUCGAUUAUUUCAUAAUAAUAAUAAAGAUUUUAAUCUUUUAAGAACUACUGGUCAAAGAGAUCUUGCUGAUAUUACUGAUGAAUUUUAUAAAAUAAGAAAAGCUGCUUUUGAUAUUUUACAAGAAAGUGUAACUGAUCCUAAUGGUCAACAAACUUAUGAAAUAAUUGAUCAUAUUCAAAAGACAUAUCCUCAAGUUGAUCAACUAAUUCAUGAAUAUGUUGAAUUAAAUUUAUAUGAUAAACUUUGGUCAAAAUUAAUUUAUCAAUUUAAUUUCCCUAAUGAUGGUAAAACUGAUGAACAUUCAAUUAAAAUCUUAACUAAUGAAAAAUAUGAUUAUUUAUCAUGUUUAGCAUUAAAUCAAUUAGAUGCUCAAAUAGAUAAACCAUGGCAAUAUAAUGAAUUUCAAAAAAGAAUUGUAGCUGCAAUUCAAGAAUUCUCGAAAUUAUCUGAUGCAUCAAUUAUUAAUCUGAGACUUAAAACUGAAAUUAUUAGUAAAACUUAUGAAAUUUUAGCAGAAUCUAAUAAAAUUUUAGGAAUUGAAGGUGAUGCUGAUAUUUUAUUACCUUUAUUAAUUAUGGUAGUUGUUCAUUCAAAAGUAGAUAAUAUUGAAGCUCAUGUCUAUUAUAUUGAAAGUUUUACAGCUAUACCAUUAGAAGAUGUAAGAGGAUUAAAAUUUAUGGUAACAAAUUUAAGAAUUGUAUUUGCAUUCUUAAGUAUGCAAAAAGAUUAUGCAAGAAUUGUUGAUAGUUCUCAACAUAAUUUUGAUUUAUGGUCUUGUAUUCAACAUAAUGAUAUUAAUAAAUUUAGAAUUAUUAUAGAUAAUGUUAAACAUUCAUUUAUUAAUAAUGAAAUUCCUUAUGAUCAUUUUUUAAAGAGUAAAAAUAUUAAUGGUGAAAGUUGUAUAAUGUUUGCUAUACGAUCAAAAAAUUAUGAUAUGUAUAAUGUUUUAAUUAAUGAAAAUCCUACCUGGUUUUCUAUUGAUGAAAUUUUAUUUGAUAAAAAUAUAACUACUAAUCAAACUUUAUUAAUGAUUGCUUUAACUGAAGAAUGUAAUGAUAUAUCAAAUGAUUUAGUUAAUUUAAUUUUAACUAAUGCAACAUUAUUGGAACAAAAAAAAUAUUUUAAUUUAGUUGAUUCAUCAGGUAGAAGUGUUGGACAUUAUAUAUUCCAUAAUUAUCAUUUAAUUGAUAUUAUUGGUCAUUUAAUUGAUUGGGAAUUAAAAGAUAUGAAUACUUAUACUCCAUUAUAUACAGUAUGUCGAUGUUAUGAUCAUUUAGAUUAUGGUAAAUUAAUUUCAAAAGCAUUUGAUUGUGUAUAUAAAAAAUAUGGUCGAGGUAAUAUUGAUUUUGAUAAACAUAUGGAUAAAUUAGGUAAUACAUUAUUACAUAUUAUAAGAAGAAAUUUGAAAUUCACAGAAUUAUUACAAGAUAAAAAAAAUUUAGUUAAUGUUAAUCAAGUUAAUCAUAAAUUUCUUAGUCCAUUAAAUCUUUAUGUUAAGGCAAAUAGGAUUGAAAAUCUUCGAAAUCUACUUGUAGAUGAUCGACUUAAUUUUUUACAGGAAGAUACAAAAAAUUGGUAUAAUGUAUUAGAUUUUCUUGGAUUUUCUGCUUCAAAAGCAACAGGUAUUAGUCCUGAUUUUAAAAAAGUAGAACGGUUAAUUUUUGAUUUUUUGGCUAAUAAUUAUUCACCAAAGACUGAAAACAAUAAACUUAUUGCACUCAAUGCGAAGUAUGAUCCAAGUCGAGCUGAUUGGGUAGUUUAUUUUCUUAUGACACCAGACAAAAGAGUUAAUAAAUCUCUUGAGUCUAUUAAACUGAUUAUAUCUUUACAAAAACUAGAGAAUCCAUUAUCGAUAUAUCCUGAUGUCUCCACAAUAUGGAAUAAUUAUGGAAAUGGAUCUACCACACCAUACUUUCAUAAAUUAAGAGUUAAUAGAUUGAUUGAUCAAUUCAAUAUUUAUUUUAAAACAUUAAUAAUCCAAGAAGAGACGGAUUUAUUUGAAAAGUUUAUUAGUGAUACUAAUGGCUCAAAGAAUAAACUGACUUUAGAAUUAUUUCAAGAAAUGAAUGAAAUACAAGAGCAAAGAAGGAGAAGUUUGGGAGAGGUUACUAUGACUAGAAAUGCAAUUAAAGAUAUUGAAGGGUUUAUAAAGUAUACUAAAGAAGAUUUAAUUCAAUCUAAAACUCAACUCACAAUUCUUCGAAAAUUAAUUGCUGUUGGAGAAAUCAAACAAGCUGAUGUAAGAUUUUUGUAUGAUAGAUUAUUAUCUAAAGUAUCAUUAUCAGAGUUAAUACCAGAAUUAAGUGGUAUUAGAUCUACUAAUGAAUAUACAACAGAGGACCAUGGAUAUUCUAAAUUGUUACCAUACAUUUCAUGGUUAGAGAUUACAUUUGAUGAAUUAUUCAAACAUAUGAAUCAUGUGUUAAACUCUAUCCAAAGUUGGAAAAGCAUUUACAAAUCAAUAACUGAGUUGAAUUCAGAGUUACACAAGAUAGAACUGAAAUCCCAACCUCCACAACAGCAACAACAACAACAAGAAGAACAACAAGAACAAGAAGCAGAUACCAAUGAACCAAACAAUGGAUCUUUACAAAGAAGAAACACUUUCACAAUUGAACCAAUUCAAGAUCAUGAAUUCGAUGAUCCCACUAGUUCACUCUUCAAUUUUGGGAAUAUUUUAGAGAGUAAAAAGGCAAGAUAUAAGAAACUUGUAAUGACUAAAUCUGAGAAAGUUAAACAAAUUUUAAAACUUAACGUACAAUUAAAAUGGGAUCAUGAGUUAGUAGCAGUAGAAAUUACUAAAUUCUUAAAAUUAAGAUCUCAUCUUCUUCUGUAUGGUAUUAAGGAAUUCACCAAGUUUGAACUUAUAAGAUUAAAGAAUAGACAUCUUGAAUUAUCUCAAGCAUUAUUCUCGUUAAGGGUUAAGUCUAAGCAGUCGCCUAGAUCCUAAACGAAGAAAAAAAAAAUUUGCAGCCUAUUUAGUGACAGUCAGUGGUCGUGGGCGUCUCCCUAAAAGACAAUUAAAAUUACAGAAUAUUCGAGAAGAAAUUGGGGCGCUAACUACCGAAAAUUUGGGGCCGAUUCCAAAGUCGUGGCAGGCAAUAUAUAUUUCUCA